AUGUCGAAUGCGGUAGUAGAAAACGGAGCGCCUGAUGAAAGGGCAACAACAUAUUACUUCCCAAAGACUGGUUCGAGUGCCACACUAUGGCAGAGACUGAGUCUGUUUGUGUCCAUCUACUGGAAGGCACUUAUUGUUGUGCUUACCCCACUAGUGCUAUUGCCUAUACCUAUAUUGAACUCUGCACCUGCCUACCGAUGCAUGUAUGUCGUCCUAAUAAUGGCAAUAUACUGGGUGUUGGAGCUACUCCCAUUGCCCGUAACUUCCAUGUUGCCCAUAGUGCUGUUCCCAACGAUGGGCAUUCUGGACUCAGACAAAACCUGUGCAGCAUACAUGAAGGAGACUAAUAUGAUGUUUAUGGGAGGUCUGAUGAUAGCCGCUGGAGUACAGCAUUCUAAGUUACCAAAGAGAGUUGCGUUGUGGACCGUACAAGUGGUUGGGUGUUCGCAUAGAAGGCUGAACUUCGGUCUAACAUUCGUGACCAUGUUCAUAUCGAUGUGGGUAUCGAAUGCUGCCGCCACCACUAUGAUGGUGCCCAUCGUUGAAGCCAUAUUAGAAGUGUUGGAACAGCAAGGACUAGGCGAUGUGUAUGUAAACAAGAAGAAGAACCCGCCAGCGGAAAAUGGCAAGGAGACUAAAGCAGUCGCCAAAACUGGAGAGGAAGAGGCUCCAAUGCCAAGUGACAUAACAAUCUGCUACUACCUGAGCAUAGCGUACGCGUCCACGCUCGGAGGCUGCGGCACCCUCGUCGGUACUGCCACCAACUCCGCCUUCAAAGGAAUAUUCGAUUCCGAAUUCCCCGAGUACUCGAAUUCGGUGGACUUCUUCUGGUUCAUGGCGUACAGCACGCCCCCCAUGCUCAUCAUGCAGCUGCUCGUCUGGUUCGCGCUGCAGAUCACGUUCAUGGGAAUGUUCAGGCCUAACAGCGAAGCAGCGAGAAGGGUGAACAAGGCAUCCUCGGGCUCAGAGACCACGAUGAAGGUCAUCAAGGAGCAGUACAGGAACCUCGGACCCAUCACUUUCCAUGAGAAGGCUUCAGGUCUCCUGUUCAUCCUGGCAGUGUUCCUGUACAUCUUCCGUCGCCCUGGAUUCAUGCCCGGCUGGGCUGAGCUCCUCACUAACAUGAAAGUAAAAGACGGUGUAACCUCAAUCUUCAUCGUGGUGUUGAUGUUCAUCCUGCCGAUGUGCUGCGACUUCCUCAAGUUCUUCUCCAGCUCCUCCUCUUACGAAGAAUUGGCAGCAUCUAAGCCUUCCCCUAGUAUUGUGACCUGGAACAUUCUAAAGGAAAAGAUCCCGUGGGGACUUCUCUUCUUGCUGGGUGGUGGAUUCGCUCUAGCAGAAGGCAGCAAGGCGACCGGUCUGUCAGCAAUGAUAGGCUCCUCGCUGGAAGGUCUGCACGGACUGAACCACGCCGUGGUACUACUGGUCGUCGUGUUGGUCACACAGUUCAUCACUGAGUUCACCUCCAAUGUCGCUAUUGCUAAUCUUAUACUGCCUGUACUGGCUAAUAUGGCUCGCGUCCUCAACAUCGACCCUCGUUACCUGAUGGUCCCUGCGACAUUGGCGUGUUCCAUGGCCUUCCACAUGCCAGUAGGAACUCCACCCAACGCCAUUGUCGCUGGAGUCGCACAUAUACCUACCUCUAAGAUGGCCGUCGGCGGCAUAGGCCCGAAGAUCAUAACAACGCUCAUCGUAUGGGGCGCCUACCCAACAUGGGGAGCAGUGAUCUUCCCAGCCCUUACACUUUCAACCGCUCCAGUACAAAACGCGACCACAGCCCUAGCUAAUAACGUCACCCUAGCCUGCAACACUUCAUACAAUGCCAUACAAACUCUAACAAACUUCAAUUGUUCCUUACCCAACCUCCCAAGCCUCAACAUGACAGGCUCCGUCACUUGUAACUAUCUCCCUUUAAAAAGUUAA